CAUCCCCAUUCAGGCGUCCCCAGCAUUUAUUAAGGGCUCAGGGCUCCCGCCGCUCACUCUCCCUCUCCUCCGCUCCGGCUCCGCUCCUUGGUGCGGCUCUCCCCGGACUCCUCCCGCCAGCGGUGGGAAGUCGCGCAAGAACUUCGUCUCUCUGCGGCAAUGCAUCUCUGCGCGAUCCUAUUUUGUGUUCUCUGGUCUGCCGUGUGCGCCGAGAACUCGGACGAUUAUGAGCUCAUGUACGUGAAUUUGGACAACGAAAUAGACAACGGACUUCAUCCCACCGAGGACCCCACGCCGCCGUGUGACUGCCGUCGGGAGCACUCCGAGUGGGACAAGCUCUUCAUCAUGCUGGAGGACUCGCAGAUGAGGGAGAGCAUGCUGCUGCAGGCCGCCGACGACCUCCUCCGCGGCGAGCUGCGGGGGCUGCGGGCGGAGCUGGGCCGGCUGGCGGGCAGCCUGGAGAGGCAGUGCGCGCCGGCGGCCCCCGCGCAGGCCGGGCUGGCCCCGGCGCUGGACGCGCUGCUGCAGGCGAGCCACGACGCGGGCCGCAGGCUGGCGCGCCUGGAGGGCGCCGGGGCGCAGCGCCCGGAGGAGGCGGGGGCCGCCCUGGGCGCGGUGCUGGAGGAGCUGCGGCGGACGCGAGAGGACCUCCGCGCCGUGCAGGGCUGGGCGGCCCGGCGCUGGCUGCCCGCAGGCUGUGAAACAGCGAUUUUAUUCCCAAUGCGUUCCAAGAAGAUUUUUGGUAGCGUGCAUCCGGCGACACCAGUGAAGCUCGAGUCUUUUAGUGCCUGCAUUUGGGUCAAAGCCACAGAUGCAUUAAACAAAACCAUCCUGUUUUCCUAUGGCACGAAGAGGAAUCCAUAUGAGAUCCAGCUGUACCUCAGCUAUCAGUCCGUAGUGCUCGUGGUGGGUGGAGAGGAGAACAGGCUGGCUGCUGAUUCUGUGAUUUCCCUGGGAAAGUGGACCCAUCUGUGCAGUACCUGGAACUCGGAGAAAGGGCGCGUGUCCUUGUGGGUCAAUGGUGAACUGGUGGCUACCACUGUUGGACUGGCCACAGGUCACAUUGUUCCUGAGGGAGGAAUACUGCAGAUUGGCCAAGAAAAGAAUGGCUGUUGUGUGGGCGGUGGCUUUGAUGAAACAUUAGCCUUUUCUGGAAGACUCACAGGUUUCAAUAUCUGGGAUCGUGUUCUCAGCAACGAGGAGAUAAGAGAGACGGAAGGAGCAGAGUCUUGUCACAUCCGGGGAAAUGUUGUCGGGUGGGGAGUCACAGAGAUUCAGCCCCAUGGAGGGGCUCAGUAUGUCUCCUAAGUAUUGUGAAACUCUACUUGAAGCCAAAGAAAGAAACUCACAGUUUAAACAUAUGCCAGUUUGGGAAGGUCUAAAAACCACAGUGCAUAUUCAGAACACUUGAGACUCAUGAAGGAGAGAGUUGAGAUCAAUCUUUAUUUAUCUUGGCAAAAUACCGAAUAAACAGUUGAGCAAAGACAUCGGAGAAGGCUUUUGGGGAUAUUGUUACUAGACUUUAUGCCACGGUGCUUUCAAAUUAAUGUUGUGUCUUUGUCAGAUAAACUCUCAAAUAAUUAAAAAGGACUGGGUUGUUGAACAGAAGGACAAUUGUUUUACUUUUUUUUUUUUUUGGUUAAUUUUGUUUUGGCCAGAAAUGACUUUUACAUUGGAAGAAUAAUGAAAUAACAUUUGUUGUCGAUUGUUCAUUGUUAUUGGCAUGUACCUUAUUAUAAAAAAAAAAAGAAACAUAUUUAUACUACAAUGUGACUUAACAAAUACUAAUGUAGUUUAUGUGUUAUAAUCAAAUGUCACUUUUUUGAGAAGAUAGUUAUAUAAGUUAUAUUGUAAAAUGGUUUUGUAUUAAUUUUAUUAAGACUAUUUUUGUAAAUAAAAUA